UGACGUGGUUUUUAUGUUGCUCCGUGAAUUCGUUCAGCUAUCGCACUUAGCCAGCGUUUUCAUAGAAAUUUUCAUAUCCAAGAGGAAUCCAUCAGUUUGUUGAUGUUUGAAUACGUUUGGUGGAACUUGAUAUGAUAGUUCUUAUCGUGAGGGGAAAGCAAAUCGUGGAAAAUACUUUGUAGUUUAAUGAGAUUAUUCAGUGGUGCAACCGAGGAAAACCAUUUUUCCUCUUUUAACAGCAAGGAUUACAUCACGGUUCGUUUAGUGUUUGCUAUCGGAGAGAAAUGAAGAAUCAGUGAAAUAUGUACCGGAAAGCGGAAAUGGGCGUACAAGGAAAUUUAUGUGGAAAUUGAUUAAAGUACAUGUCGAGCUGUUGAUUGAAUAAAGUGUUUUAGUACAUGUUGAAAGUGUCACUAGCUAAAGGGAAUGAAUAAUAAAUUGAGUGAUGCUUGGUGCGUGUAGCAAACCUGCUUGCGUAAACUAAUCGCCUAGUAAUUAGUGUACCUCGAUUAGGUCCAAUUGGAGCUCUAACUUUUACGUAGCAUGUUUUGACGUACGCAAUUCAAAGCAACAGGUUUCGAUCUCUUGAUUAGAUCUCGUAAAAGAGACAAUAAAAAUACGGCGAAACAGCCGACAAACCGGGCGUGCCAUAAUUGAUGAUUUGACAGCUCGCGGUUUUAAGGCAGCGAGUAACACAAUCCAUCGGACGUCCGGAGCACCUUGCCUCGGCGGGGGCUAUUAUUUAUCGGAACGCUGAACUCUCGGCGACGCUGACUGGAGAGACUGGAAGGCAAAUUCUACCAAAACAAAAGAAACGGCAGCCUCCGCAGCAGGCACGGGGCAAAACGAGCGAGACGGCUAAGAUCGCAUCGGGACGAUCUUGCCUGCGAAAGGCCUCGGGACGUGUAGCAAGGUAGAACGAUUCUUACCUUUCGCCGCACUGCGCUGGUUCAAGUUCGCAGCCAGGUCUUUCGACGUUUGAGAAGCUCGCCAGCCCAACAACAGUGCUGCUCGUCGUCUGCCUGGUAAAAGGCAAGGAGAAACACGAACACCGAGACGCUCGGGGCAGAUCCAGACAUGGCGCCGAAAUCGAGAAGAAAGAAGGCAAAUGCACGUGCGCUUCAAUGUUACUGCGAAGGACAUUGCCCGGGAAACUUACAGAAUGGUACUUGUGAGACCAGGCCUGGUGGAUCGUGUUUUGCUGCUGUCGAAGAAGUCACCGAUGAGGAAACCGGCUUGAAGGUACCGGAAUGGAGCCACGGAUGUAUGCCGCCAGAACAGAACGGAGGUUUGCUUCAGUGCAAAGUUGGUAUUCAAUCGCCGCAGAUCCACGGAAAAUCAAUCGUAUGCUGCGACAACGAAGACUUCUGCAACAAGGACCUGCUGCCCGAGUACGUGCCGAAGACAACCACUCCUGCUCCGACGAAGAAUGUAAACGACACAGGAUUUCCUAUCAUAUCCAUGGUGGGGGUAGGUGUCUUAUGCGUGAUUGGUCUCCUGGCAAUCUUGACUGGCUUCUACGUUUUGCAUAAGAAACGAGAGAAAAGGAAACCUCACUGUCUAAUAGAUUCGGUAUGUAAUCCAAACAUUUCUCCGCUGGCAGAUCUGGUCGAGCAGAGUAGUGGCUCGGGAUCCGGUCUGCCACUGCUGGUGCAGCGAACCAUCGCCAAACAAAUUCAAAUGGUGCACUCCGUCGGAAAGGGUCGCUAUGGUGAGGUUUGGUUGGCCAAAUGGCGUGACGAGAAAGUUGCAGUGAAAAUUUUCCUCACCACCGAGGAAGCUUCGUGGUUCCGAGAGACGGAAAUCUAUCAGACAGUGUUGAUGAGGCAUGAGAACAUUCUCGGAUUUAUCGCAGCCGACAUUAAGGGCACCGGAUCAUGGACACAAAUGUUGCUCAUUACGGACUACCACGAGCUGGGAAGCUUGCACGAUUACUUGCAGAAACGAGUACUGAAUCCACACAUGUUGAAAACACUUGCCUUGUCGCUGUCGUCCGGUUUGGCGCACCUACACACAGAAAUCUUUGGACAUCCUGGAAAACCCGCCAUCGCUCACAGAGAUAUCAAGAGCAAGAAUAUCUUGGUCAAACGUAACGGUCAAUGCGCAAUCGCUGACUUCGGCUUGGCCGUCAAAUAUUCGAGCGAAUCAGAUGAGAUUCAAAUUGCCCCUAACACUCGCGUUGGAACUCGCCGAUACAUGGCACCAGAAGCGUUGAAUGAAACGCUCGAUACAAAGGUAUUCGAAGGAUUCAAACAAGCUGAUAUGUACUCGCUCGGUUUAGUUUUCUGGGAAAUGGCACGUCGCUGCAUAAGCACGAUUCGAGGAACGAAGAAUACAACCUGCGAGGAUUAUGCACUGCCUUACCAGGAUGUCGUUCCUUCGGAUCCCAGCUUUGAGGACAUGUACGCAGUGGUCUGCGUAAAAGGGGUUCGCCCGCCGAUUCCGCUGCGAUGGCAAGAUGAGGACAUUCUAGUAGUGUUGUCGAAAAUGAUGCAAGAAUGCUGGCAUCCGAAUCCGGCUGUUCGAUUAACAGCUCUGCGAGUCAAGAAGACUCUCGUUAAGCUCGAGUCUGACUGUUCGAUUAAGAUAGUGUAAAGCAAUUGAAUAGUAAUAGCAAGAAGUGUGUGCGAUGCGAAUGUGACUCCCGAGAGAUAUAGCAAGUAACGAACGUUUUAUUAUUUAUUCUACAGUUGUUCGAUUAAGUCUACUUUGCACUAGACCCUGUAGGUUAGGUUCUCCGGCGUAGCACUAGUUGUAAAAUCCCACUCUGUGACGCACUGUUGGAAUUCACCUUCUAGACAGACAAGCCGAGAUGCCAUAAUAUGGACUUAAAUCGUUUCAUACAACAAAACAAUGAGGAAGUUCAUUUAGAAAGUAAAUUUCCGCCUGAUUUAGAGGCUUCUCGUUUCGAGGAGUCUUGCUGUAAAUAAAAAAAAAUCUCUGUAUAGUUUAGGUUAUUCGAUUCUAACAAACCGCUGACGCACCGCAUUUGGCUAGCAGAAGAAUCCUUCCUUUUCAGUUGUUAUUAGCUUUAAAUGUUGUGAACAAUAAAAUGCCAUAUAGUUGUAAAGCAAGGAUUUCACCAAAACAAACUGAAUGAGAGUAGCAUUUUCAGCAUAAUAUGGAAACACAAGAAUCAAGCCACAAACAAAAGCUUUUUGGGUCGUAUACAACAGUUGCCUUGAAUUUUUAAAAAUUAAUUGACUGACCGCAUUAUCCUCGUUUUGAUCUAGCAGACGAAUCCAUAAAAGAGGAAUUUUAUUAAUAACCAAUAAAACGUGGCCUUAUUUUCUGCCAUUCGAUUGAUGUAAAUAAAAGAUUUUCAUUUUUCAUUUUCGAUGCACGAUCUCGUAUCAAAUGAAAAAAACAAUAGCAGCAGGUCGACUCUCAUAUUUAGAGGAGGAAGCUUAUUUCCAACACACUCACAGACAGACACGAUAACGAAGGGCAGCUUGCGGUAAAGUUUUCCCAGAUAACUUCCGAUCAAGCUCCGUAAUAGUAGUUGUCAUGAAAUUACUCACUUUUAUUGUACAGUUUUUAGUCGUCGUGCGAAUAAUGUCAAUCUAGUUAAGGUCGUAAGAUUUCUAUACUGUUGCAGUAGUUUUAUAGUAGAAUUACAAACCUUACCUGUAUAAGCUAGCGGAUAGCUUUAAUUAAGAAAUGUUAAUUUUGUUUCUGUAAAUAAAUUAAACAAUUUUUGUAUUUGGUUAGAUGAAUUACGCCUCAAGGACGUAAUAGAAACAAAUGCUUCAUAUACUUUUAUAGAACCGAGCCGUGCGAUAUUUUCGUCGCAAAUUACAAAUAAAUAAAAUAAUAUUUUUCUACGGUAAAGUUUUAGAUAAUUAUGUAAACCCUGUGAAGUCGGCAAAAUAGAUGAUAAUAACCAGUACACAGGUGGAAUGCUGUGGUAUGAAUGAUGAAUGUAUGUUAAAAACAAU